GCGCCCACUUAGUAGGGCGCAAGACGUUAAGUAGAAAGGAAGUGUUUGAGCUGAAGUGUCCGUAGGCCGCAUUUGCACGUCAUGGACAACGGGAACCUUGCCGAAGGCGAAAGUAAUGGAUCUGCCGUUACGGCUGUAGUUGCCGGAAAGGACGCGGAAUUCGGACCGCGGGAAGGUUAUCGGAUAAUCAAGAACAUUGCGAUUCUUGGGUUCGCCUUCAUGAUCCAUUUCACGGCAUUCCAUGGCACGUCCAACCUGCAGAGUUCCGUGCACAGCGAUGGAUCGCUGGGGGCGUUUACGCUAGCGUCCAUCUAUGGGUCGUUAAUUUUGUCAAACAUCUUUCUGCCGGUUAUGGUGAUCAGGUGGCUUGGAUGCAAAUGGACUAUCGUCGUAUCGUUCGUGGCCUACAUGCCCUACAUUGCGGCCCAAUUUUACCCACGAUUCUACACGCUGAUCCCGGCUGGGUUGGCAGUUGGCUUUGGUGGAGGUCCGUUGUGGUGCGCAAAAUGCACUUAUCUGUCGGUGAUUGCCGAGGCUUUUAGCUCCAUCAAGAAACAUAAGGUGAAGGCUGAUUAUUUGAUUGUGAAGUUUUUUGGGCUGUUCUUCGUGUUCUACCAGUUGGCUCAAGUGCUUGGAAAUUUGAUUUCAUUUUCGGUGCUUUCGUAUGGAGACGAAAUCGAAGUGGCUCAAAAUGUCACCACUGCAAAUACCGUCAACAUUUCGGAAACAUGCGGAGCCAACUAUGUUGCUCCGGUUGAUCGUCAGCUCCAAAACGAUUCAAAUUCGAACUUCCAUCGACCAGACACUGCCAAACUGAAUGCGUUGACUGGCAUUUUCCUGGGCUGUAUGGCACUGGCUAGCAUUUUGGUGGCAGUUGGCGUGGAUUCGCUCAAGCGAUACAAUAGCACCCGAACUGGGUCAGGAUCGGGAAUUUCCGGCGUCCGAAUGUUGGUGAUCACUAUGAAACAAUUGGGGAACAAGUAUCAGAUUUUGUUGCUUCCAAUUACCAUGUUCAUCGGUGUCGAGCAGGCAUUCAUUGCAGUUGAUUUCACAGCGUCGUUCGUCGCCUGUGGACUCGGGAUCAGCUAUAUAGGUUAUGCAAUGAUUAGCUUUGGACUGGCAAAUGCAUUUGCAGCGGCAGUUACCCCAUCGAUCACCAAAGCGAUCGGACGCUUCCCGAUGAUCAUUGUGACGGCAAUCUUCCACCUGGCGCUGAUUGUGUUCAUGCUGCUAUGGAAACCCACCGAUGAUUACUACGCCUACUCGAUUAUCGUCGCUUGCUGGGGUCUAGCCGACGGUGUAUGGCUCAUUCAAAUAAAUGCAUUGAGUGGAAUUCUGUUCCCCGGCAACGAAGAGGCUGCGUUCAGCAAUUUCCGUUUGUGGGAGGCAACCGGAUCGGUGAUUAUGUACGCAACCAGUCCAGUAUUGUCGACUUUCACGAAGCUUGUUGGAAUUAUGUGCGUUAUGCUGGUUGGAACUGUUGGCUAUACAACUAUCGAGGUUAUGGAGUAUCGAAUAAAGAAAAGUGCUGCCGGUAAACGUUUCGAAAUGAUACAGCAACAAAACUAAUGUAAAUAAGAUGAUACGUAUUCCAAAUAAAAAAUCCAGAAUAAUCCACCUA